AUGGUAAAUGCCUCGGAAAAGGUGUACUGCACUUUUUUAGUUAUGGCACGAGCAAGAGUUGCACCUCUGAAGCCGACAACUAUUCCAAGGCUAGAACUGACGGCUGCCUCCGUUGCAGCUCGAAUGGACUUGAACCUAAUCCGAGAACUGUCUUCAACAAGUGCUUGGAGAUAUGUAGACACAAACAGUAAUCCUGCUGACUUUGCAUCUAGAGGUCUUGAUGUUGAUACUUUUUUGAAGUCUGAAAUGUUGAUUAGAGGACCAAGGUUUUUUCAUAAACCUGAAUCCAGCUGGCCGCAAGUUCCAGAUGUUAAAUAUGGAUCACUGGAAGAUGACACAGAAGUAAAGGUGUCUGCCAUUGUAUGCAAAACAGUGACAACAGUAACAUCACUCAUUGAGGACUUUGCCUAUCGCUUCUUGAACUGA